ACUUGGUUUAAAUAUUCUCACCCUCCUUUAACAUUUACUACUAGCAAAUAACAAAUACAACAGCACACAAAUGUCAUUACUUCUAUAUUUCCUCCCCUUAUAAAGUAUACAAACUUAGGUUCUUACCUUUAUCCAACUACAUUUCCUCAGUCUCUAUCUCUCCCCUUUGUUUCUUGGUAAAACUAACAUGGUUUCCUUAGAAGUUGCCUCUAGAUCCGAUGAGCCAACUUCUAGUCCCCGAAUUUCCUUCUCUUCAGAAUUUCUUGAUGAGAAAAACUUCAUAUCCAUUACUCCAAAUGCACAAACAGAGAAAGAACGAAAAGAUCAGCAAGAGAGAGCGCGUAGUGCAGCAGAUUUUGAAUUCUUUUCAAGCAAGUUAACCAGCGAAAAGAUGAUCACAGCGGACGAGCUGUUCUUCGAGGGUAAGUUACGUCCUUAUUGGCAAAUGCAUUAUGCUGAAAAGCUAAACAAGAUUAGUUUAAAAACUGAACAUGCCGAGGAAGAAAUAUUGAAAGAAACUGAGGUGAAGAGCAAGGAAGAAAGUAGGCCUAUAAAUUGGUUCAUUGAUGAGGAUCCAUCACCUAGGCCACCAAAAUGCACUGUUUUAUGGAAAGAGUUAUUGAGAUUGAAGCAAAAGAGAGCUUCUUCAUUAUCACCGUCUUCUUCUACUUCUUCCUCCUCUUCUUCGAGUUCUAUUGCUGAUAUUUCUGUAGCAGAACAUGAAAAAAGCAAAGGUCAAGGAAUCAAAGAGAAGAAUGUGAAGAGAAUUAAGAAAGGAUUGGAGAGAAGUCGAUCAGCAACUUUAAGAGUUAGACCUGUGAUUCAUAUGCCACUUUGCACUCAGGGGAAAAACACAGCACUGCCGCCUAUGUUUUCCCUUAAGAAAGGAAAAACACUCGAGAGGUGAAAACAACUUGCCAUUGUUGGUCAUUGUGUAGAGAUGUUCUUUAAUGGUUUUUUUUUUUUUUUCAAUUCGUUUUGGUUUCGAUGCUUAUUUUCAUUUCUUUCAUCGCCUGCAUUUUAGCUUACAUGUUUCAUCGUAGGAUCUGAUGAAUUACCAUGUUGAUGUGUUCAUUUCUUGUAAUGUAUGAGAAACUAAUUCCAUCUAGUUUCAAGAGUUAUUGUAAUCUGACAUUUCUAGCUUCCAUUUUCAGACUAAAAAAUAUUGAACCAACUAGGCAUAUGCCUCUUGAAUUU